CUCUAACAAACAGCUGGGUCCCUUCUCACCACAACGCGGUGUCACUGCGUGCUUCGUGCGGCACCAACUGUCAGCUCGCUGCCGCUCUCUGAGGGGCCGCAACCGCUCUCGGACCGGGCCACCUGCCCUGCGGGACACUUGGCUUUUAACGUCCUGCCUUUUAUUGUCGUCUUCGGGAACCGGUUUGAGCAGAUAGGAUCGGUCACUGACAGGACUGCUCUUCUCAGUUUUCCAUCCAAGCAUGAAGUAAAGUCAAGUUAAAUGUUCAGAAAAAGGAAGGGUGGCUGUAAAUUGCUUUGAAUGUUGUAGCCGAAAUUCGAGGAAAUUAUUGAUACUGGGAAAAGUGCAGUGAAGAUGAGCGGAGGAGAAAUCAUUCAUGAAGGUUGGCUGAGAAAGUCUCCACCGGAGAAGAAAUUGAGACGCUACGCAUGGAAGAAACGCUGGUUCAUUCUGCGUAGUGGGCGAAUGAGUGGCGACCCUGAUGUUUUGGAGUACUACAAAAACAAUCACUCAAAGAAGCCGAUUCGUGUCAUAGAUCUUCAGUGCUGUGAGCAAGUGGAUGCUGGGUUGACAUUCAAUAGAAAAGAAUUUCAAGACAGCUUUGUCUUUGACAUAAAGACCUCUGACCGCACUUUCUACUUGGUGGCUGAGACUGAAGAUGAGAUGAAUAAAUGGGUCCGCUGCAUAUGUCAGAUCUGUGGCUUCAAUCAGUCUGAGGAAAACCACGAUGCUGUUAGAUCUGUGACAACUUUAAGCCAUGGCCCACGCUCGAUGCCAGCGGAUAUGAUGGCCUCUCCUGUGUCACAUUUUGGAGAACGGAAGUCUUCCGCACCUUCCCAUUCCAGUCAGCCUGUCCUGUUCACGUUUGAGACGCCCAUUCGCCAUUCACAGCCCUCACUCUCUAGCAGUGCACCCCAAGACUAUCUUUUUCUACAUCAGUGCAUUAGUAGAAAAAAUGAGAACUCACGAAGCGCCAGCUUUUCUCAAACUACUCGCUCUUCUCUUAUGACUGGCAGUGACUCAGCAGUUCAGAAGCUUUCUCAUGGGCUAAAUGGGAUGGGUCCACAGUUGCAAGGCUUUUAUAGCUUACCAAAGCCCAGCAAACAUCAGAACUCCUCUCCAGCAGAUCAGCAGCCAUAUGGUGUUUAUGAUUUCCCUCGGACCUUUGUUUCAGAGGGCCACGUUCGUGGCAGCUUGCCAGAGCUGGAGUUGGAAGAUGAAGAACUGUACUCCUUCAAGACUCCUGGCAAUGUCUUGGCAAAGCAGCAGAAUGAGAGACCCAAUGACAAUUAUGACUUGCCCACAACACCGGGUUCCUUUUACAAAAUCCCUAAUAUGUUUCCAUUUGACAAGAAUCAUAAUACACUUUCAGUGGGGAGUGGAGAUUCAUCUGGAACCCCACCUCCUCGACCACCCAAACCCAGCCAAAUUUCUGAGCAGAAGUGGGGUAGUCCACCAUCAUUUGUUACUCAGAAUGGGGAGUCUUCCUCUGGGACUACUAUCUCUAGAAGAAACACUCUUCCUGCAGUAGAAAAUAUUCGGCUUCUUCGAGCAUCUUCAUUUGAGACCAAUGACCAUUCCCGUCAUCUGGUUAUCAACAACAGUGGUCCAUCUAUUGAGUCUGUUAAUGAUAGUUGCAGUUCUUACCUUAGAGCAAAAGGUCCUGUUGCUCGUUCAGACAGUGGUGACUCUGAAGAUAACUAUGUCCCAAUGAACCCAGGCUCUUCUUCCUCCCCAUUUAAUGCCUCGUCAGACAACCCAAACAAUGUCUAUAUUCCAAUGAGUCCUGGUCCACAUCAUUUUGAUUUUCCGGGGUUUUCUGCAACUUUGCCUGCUCGGAAAGGAAGCACCACCUCUUUGUGCCUUCGACCUGGACGGCUGAGUGAUAUAACACCACCACCUGUCAAUCGUAACCUCAAGCCUGACAGAAAAUCAAAGCCAACUCCUCUGGAUUUAAGGAACAGCUCCGUCAUCGAUGAACUUCCAUUUAAGUCUCCUGUUACAAAGUCCUGGUCCAGACCUAUACCAGCCACAAAUUCAAUGUCCUCGCAGCACUGUCGGCCUGUAUCAACCCAGAGCAUCACCAGUACUGAUUCUGCAGACAGCGAAGAUAACUAUGUAGCAAUGCGAAAUCCAGCUUCUUCCUCGCCAGCAACUAGUGGUACAAACAGCCCUGCUCUUCGGAAGUGUGGCAAUGUUGAUUACUUGGCUCUGGAUUUUCAUCCAAGCUCUCCAGGUCCACACAGAAAGCCCUCCACGUCUUCAGUCACAUCAGAUGAAAAAGUGGACUACGUGCAAGUUGACAAGGAGAAAACUCAAGCGCUUCAGAAUACCAUGCUGGAAUGGACUGACAACCGCCAGUCUUCAGAGCCCACUAAGGCAGUUAAGUCUUGAUAAAGCAAUGCUCCCAGGAAGACUGCUGUAUCCUGCUUCCCAACACUGUUUUGGAUGUCAUCUAUGUAAUUCAUUUAAAAAAAAAAAAUUGCAAAAAUGGAAUAGUAGCCGAGCCCUUCAGCAUCAGCAGCAUAUCACCUUGUAAGGCACACAAGAAAGGGAAGAACAGUUGAAAUCACAAGACUCCAGGGAGCAUGAAGUGGGACUCCAUAAGUUCAACAAAAGGACCACAAUAAUGAGAUUUCAGAAAGACAACUUGAAAAAUUACACAAAGUUCAAGAGUGGAAACAAUAAGCCCCAAUGCUUUAUAUUUAUCGAUAUUUGUGUAUGUGUGCGUUAGUGUGCGCGUUGUAUGUGCCAGGUAACCCAAUCUAGAUGUACAGUUGUGUUUUACAGAAUUCAGAAGCAACACGUUGAGAUCAGAUUGACUUGUCAUUGCUGGGUACGCGUUGCUAGUCUACUGCAUUCAUUGAAAGCCCAUACUGUAUAAAAAGCUCAUCAUAGUACUCAUUUAGAUACUGCUUUUAAAGAAGGAAACUCUGAUGCCAUUAGCAUGUGUGAAGUGUAGUCUUAGUAAUACCAGAUUUGGAUUAAGGUUGUUUUGGAUCAUCCCUUCUUUGUUCCCUUUCUAGUAUUUGGGACUCACUGAUGCAGAGGAGGAUUGUGUGGAGGUAGCAUACAUGGCUUAGUAAACAAAAUCAACAGAAAACAGUUCAGAAAAAUAAUACAAGAAGUUGAGAUGAAAUAAUAAUUGCAAUGGCAAAACUCAUUUAGAAAGUAACAAACUGACUGAUCAAAUAAUUGUCAGCAACAGAAGCACUCUUAUAUUAAACAAUACAAUCAAGACUAGCUGACUGUGAAUGCUCACCUAGUGUCUGACUGCAUAUGCAAUACGCAUGACAAAAAGUAACAAAACAACACACAACAAGACUGCCUUUACAGAAGGUGACAUAAGGGCAUGUUUAAGCGAGGAUAAGAAACAGCCAGCUGCCUCUUCCUCAGUCUUCCUCCUCCCUGCAGUCUUACAAGCAUCCUGGAGCAGCCAAUGCUGUUGCUGCCUUUAUCUCAAUAAUCAGGAGUAGUCACUUGACUUGCUGUCUCCUUGCAUGGUCCUCCCUCUAGGUUGCCAAAGGGAUUCUGCACAAGCAAGUGAAUCUAAGAUGCACUUUUGAGCCUAGGACACAUUAUCAAUCCUACACUCAAGAGCAGCUGACUGUAACUGAAGUGUCUGAUCCUCACAAUGAGGUCCUCCUAGGUAUGCCUUCAUCUUAGCAGUUACUGCCUUAUCUGAAGUGCACACUUUUCUGGGCUCAUUUUCUUCAUGGUCACAGCCUGACUGCACCAGAAUAUGACAAGCAGCCUGCUCACGUGUUAAUUCAAUAUCAGACCCAAAAAUAGAAUAAAGCAGAAAAAAUGAAGAACAAAGGCCUGGGGAAUAAAAUCCCCAUGUUUCCUACUGCACCACAUUCCCAAAGGCUGCAGAGGUGCAGAAAGACCAACUGUCACAGUAGUGCCCUUUGAUAUCGCUGCAGGGAGUAGUAAAGCUUAGUUUCCAUACCCACUAACCACUUUUCAAUUUAACAAGACCUAGAGCUAGCAUAGUCCAUGGUAUGAUAUAUACUGUGAAAAUAAUCUUAUUUUCUACAUUUUAGAAAACAGUAUAUUAUAAAUUAAACCUCUUCAAAUAUAUUUCUACAGAGUCAUUUUAGAGACCUGUCCUAUAAAUCUAUGUACUAAUACUCAAAGUCUGGAGAGUCACUUCAAAGAACUUUGAAGGCCAUUAGCAGGUUCAGCACCAUUUUCCUGAAGGACAUGGCCUGCCUGGUCUGACCGCACUUUUUUUUACA